AUGAUGGCAAUGUGUUCCAAAAAGGCCUAUCUGAAAAGAAGGACCUUUGACAAUUAAUAUGAUGUCGAUACCAAUAUCUUCCAAGUUAAGUUUGAUUGCUUGAAAGAAAACGUUGUUAAAAUACAUCAAGGAGAUCCUAUUUUGUGCUAACAAUGUGAAACUGUUCUAAAUAUAUACUCAAAAAUUGAAGAUGAUGUUUAAAAUCAAUAAUUUGGAAAGCAUCUUUGGAUUUGUGAGUUUUGUAAUCAUAAGAAUUACAUCUAAAUUGAAAAGGAAGAAAUACCUAAAAGUGAAGAUACUGUUUAUCUGAUUUAAUCAUCUUAGGAAUAAUAAAUGCAAAUAGAAGAUGCUGAUAACUCUAUAGUAUUUUGUAUUGAUACCAGUGGUUCAAUGUCCAGCACUGUUGAAAUAAAGGGAAAGGUCAAUUUUAAACAUGGAAUAUCUGCUGAAGAGUAUGAAAUGCUUAAAUAAUUCAUUGAACCUGGAGACGAACAUUAGAUAUGGCCAUAAUUUAAUACCAAACAUGUUACUCAUGUUUCCAGGAAAUAAUGUGUUAUGGCAGCUAUUGAAUAACAAAUAGGAGAAUUAAAGAAGAAGAACCCCAAUAAAAUAGUUGGAUUAGUCACAUUCAAUAAUGAAGUUGUUGUAUAUGGGGAUGGUUCUGAAGUCCCAAUUACAAUUGCUGGAGAUAGACUCUUUAAAUAAGAUGAAAUAGAGGCUCUCUUAGAUGGAACUGCAAAAUAACUCAUGAAAUCUCCAGUUAAAGCUCAAGCCGAUAGUCUCUUGAAGAAAUUUGAGCAACUCUAAGAAAAAGGAUAGACUGCCUUAGGACCUGCUUUGAUUUCAGCUUUGCAAUUAGCGAAAAUAGGUAAACCUGGAUCCAUGAUUAUUAUCUGCACAGAUGGAUUAGCCAAUUUUGGGAUUGGGAUCUUUGGAAAAUGAGGCAAAUAAGCAAUUUUAUGAAAAUUUGGGUGACUUUGCU